AUGAAUGUGAACACAGCUACUGAAGAGCAACUGAUGACUCUUCCAGGUGUAACAAGGCAGCUCGCGCGGGAAAUUGUUCGCCAUCGUCAAAUGAUUGGCAGGUUUAAGCGCGUUGACGACCUUGCUUUAGUCUCAGGGAUUGGAGCUGAGAAGCUAGAAUUGUUGAGGCCAGAAAUUUGUGCAAGUACAAGAAAGCAAAUAUCACGUGCCAGCUCAUGCACUCAUUCGUUAGACAGCGUCAGGUUACCAGGCGAAAACAAAUUAUGUUCUAUCAAUUCUUCAAGUGUUUUCCAACUGCAAUGUGUACCUGGUCUUAACCAGGAAAUAGCAGCAAACAUAGUGGACUUCCGCAAUAAGAAAGGCCCAUUUAAGUCUCUCGAUGACCUGAUUAAAGUUCGAGGAAUGGACAUAGUUAGACUAAGCACAGUUAAACAUCAUUUGAGUUUAGAACCAAGGAAGUGUGAGAGUGUUCAACUUUUAACCAAUGGUCAUGCUAGUGUAUGGGCUGAUGAGUCACUAAAUAACUCGAGUUUAAACAAUAUAGAGGAACCAGAAAGAACACCACACAGGAAAAGUCUGUCCAUGCCCACUAAACUGCCCAUCACUUUGCCUAAUGGCUUUGCUACAGCUCCAGUUAAUGAUAUCUUAGAUUUAUUAGCUGCAUAUUCUCACAGACCCAUAGUGGAGGAACUGUUUACUUAUGAAAGAGAUGGUAUCAAAUGUUGCCGCAUUGCUUCAUGGAACCUACACCAACUGAGUAUCGAUAAAAUUACAAACCCUGGAGUAAGAGAGGUGGUUUGCAGGACUAUUUUGGAAAACAGGUUAUCAAUUAUAGCCAUACAGGAUGUGUUGGACCGGAUGGCGUUGAAGAUUAUCUGUGACGAGCUGAACUCUCCCAUGCUCAGAAGGGUUCGGGAGUGGCGAUGUAACAGCCACAAGUGGGAUUAUUGCUGCUCAGAUGAUAAUGGACCAUCGCUGGGCUUCAUAUACGAGACUUCGCACAAGGGUGUGACCGUGGAAGACGUGGCCGUUGGUCAGCUGCAUCUGCUGUCGGAGGCGGCGGACGCCAGGCGGCUGGGCGCAGCCCUGACGGCGCUCCUGCCCGACCGCUCAGUCUCGCCACAAGCGUUCCUUGUAUGCGGCCGCCUGAUGGUCGUGGUGAACGUCCACUGGCCCGAGAUCCAACACGAGGAGCUUCGCGCCCGGCUCGACGGGGCGGCGGCUUUGGCCCUCUCCUGCAGGAUACCGCUGAUCGUCGCCGGCGAGUUCCGAUGCUGGGACAACGUGCAAUCGCUGAAGAACUGCGAGCCGGUGUUGGAUGAGACGGUCUCGACGUGCGUCGAUGCCGACUCCGCCGGCAGGGGCUGCAUCCUGAGCGCGGGCGGGGCCGCCGGGAGCGGCUGGAACGGGCACGCGGCCGCGGUCAGGUCGGGCCUGAGCCACUUGGCCAUUCCGCGCGGCUGGUCCUGGGGCGGGCCCGCCUCCCCCCACUGCCCCGUUUGGGCGGAGGUGAAUGUCCCGGAU